AUUUUAAAGUGAAACAUUUAACAUAAAAUAUAUUUAAUGACCCCCAAUUUUGAGGAAUAAAACCUACUUAUGUACUGAACAAAAAGAAUGGAGUUGCCCAUCCAGGUGCCGAAGGAGCUGGAGUCGCUGCUCAGCUGCGGCCUGUGCCGUCGUCCCUAUGACCUGGCCACCGGCCUGCUGCCCCGGGAGUUGCUCUGCCAGCACAACUUCUGCGACGAGUGCGUGUCCAGGAGCACAGUUCCCGACUCGGCCGAGUGCAUCUGUCCCCUGUGCGGAGUUUGCACCCACUUGAGUGGCCAGAAGCUGCCGGAAGCUGUCGGCAUCAUGUAUCUGCUCCGCGAGCUGCCUGCCUUGGUUUUGGGCCGUGCCAUGUUGGACUUCUCCAAGAGGAACGCCGAAGAAUCCUCCUCUGGCGAGGCGACCACCGCUGAGGAGUCUCCUUCGGAGAACUGGUUAGAUGAGAUCUGCGUGGAAAGCUUCCUGGUCAGCGGCUCUGAGCACUGCUUCAUCCAUGCCAUGCCAAACUCCACGUGGUGCCACAAUUGCCAGCGCCUGCUGUGCCGCGCCUGUUCGGAUGUCCCAAUGCACCGGGAGCAUCGCAUGGUCCGCCAGCUGGACUACCAGGACCUCCUGCGCCAGCUGCUCAGCUCGGAGCUGGCCAAGGUGAAGUGCGCGGCCCUGCAGACCACCGAGUUGGCCGCCCGCGAGAUGGACUUGUUCCGCGACCUCUCCGAAGCCUGCUUCCAGGUGCAGUUGCAUGUGAAGCGCGUGAUGCUGGAGCACCAGCCCAGCUUGGUGGCCGCCAUGAUGAUGGGUUGGCAGCGACGCGCCGAACUGGAUCUCAAUCGGGCCGCCGGCAGUCUCACGGGUGCCGAUAUGAUGCAGUUGCUCGGCCAGUUGGCCAAACAGCGGCGCAGAUUCGAGGGGCAGCUGAUGGAGGUGCACUUCCACUGCCGCAUGCGGGCCGCCGUUCAGGAGAACGGCAUGCAGGUCCUGGAUUUCGAUCAUCUGAACGAUAGAAUCCUCAAACUGCGCAGCAAUCCUCGUCCAGGUGCCAUUCCCGCCAAUGUGGAGCCACCGCGGGCGCUCAUCUUGACCAACUACUGUGUGUUUGCCUACUGGAACGAAGUGCAGCGCCAGUUGAUUCCGCCGCAGGCCAGAACUCCGCCGCCGGAGGUCGAGUUGCUGCCGCAAUCCCGGCGAGCGGUGGUGCCGCCGCACUUUACCCACUAUCAGCGGGAGGUCGAGGCCAGGAUGUACAUGCAGCAGGUCGAAAGGGAUCAGAAUCAGGCAUUGAACAGACUGGCGGAGGAUGGUUCCUCCUCCUCGCCGAGCAGCAGCAGCAAUAGCAUCGCCACGGAUCCGCAGCAGCAGCAGCAGCAGAUCCACACAUAUGUUCUGGACAUGGAUCACCACCGGAUGGUGCAGCAGUAUCGACAGAUGGAGUGGCAGGCACAGCAGCAGCAAUGGCAACAGCAGCAGCAGCAUCAGCUGGAUGCAUCUUGGGUCAACUGGGAGCAGAACCAGGAUUAUCAGUACCAGGAUGGCGCCAGUUCCAGUUCCCCGGUAAGCAUUGUCCGCCAGCCCUCCGUUCACUGUUAUCCCAUCUACUUUCUGGACAUGGAAAUAGCAGGCGAACUGGCCGGCCGGGUACUAAUCGAGGUGCGAACGGAUGCCGCUCCCCGGAUGGCGGAGAACUUUGGGGCGCUGGUGCGCCAUGAGCGGGGCUAUGGCUACCGGGGCUGCUCCGUCUUUCAGGCCUGGGGAGGCGAGAGCAUCAUCACCGGCGACUUUGAGUCGCACAACGGACGGGGGGGCCACUCGGCCUUCGACAAUCGGUACUUCCUGCCGGACGACACGGGACUGCCGGCACAUCGGGGAACGGUUGGCAUGCGCAGGGGACAGCGGCGACAGGACAGGAGUGGAUUCGUGGGCAGCCAGUUCCGGUUGGUGCUCAACGAGAUGCGCUCCUUCACGGCCAUCUUUGGGUUCAUCGUGCAGGGCAUCGAGUUGGUGGACCGCAUUGCAGCCAGUGGCAAUGCGCUGGGACGCCCGGCACUCAGAAGCAUCAUCCGGAAUUGUGGCGAGUACCAUGUCUCUCAGCCAAGUCCCCUUUAAGA